AGCAAUGAUAUAAAAAGGUCCUCACUGCAAAUAACAUCAGUUGCAUUCGGGCCCCAGCGAUGAAUCUGUUAUUCUGGAGCAUCGUUAUUUUAGAGAUUGCAGUUGCAUUUUCAGAUGAAAAUCAUGGCAUUGUUGGUCUCUCCCAUUCGACCAAGAAAUAUCACGAAUUUCGGGACACUUGCAAGAGAAGCGAUGAUUGUAAAAAAGCAGAUUGUAAAUGUACUCAGUUGAGGCAAACUGAAACGUUGAACAUUCAUCCUGAAACUCUGCAGGAGGGUUGUGAAGAACCGCCGACAUUGAUUUCGAGUAGCUACUGCAAUUUGUUGACGUCAGACGGAACCGAGUUUGGCAUGAAAUUCAUUCUUGAGAAGUACGAAAACUGUGGUGAAAGUUCACCAGAAAUACAAAUCGAAUCUGUAAAAAUCGUUCUCAAUCCAGAGAAAUGUCGUUGUCUCUGCGGAACGUUUAUCACUAAAUUAGCCAGCAUUGAAGAUCCGAACUCCGCAAAAUCUUUCAUUUUUGAAGAAAGUUGCAAAUACAGUAAGAAGGCAAAAAGGGAAUUUAUAUUUCCUAAUCUUGGUAUAUCUAAUUCGGCGGAAACAUUUGCAUCUGUGGCAUUCCUACCAUGUGGCUCCUCACAUGGUUCACAUGCAACUACAGCAUCCUGCCAACUUCCUUAAGUUUUUAAUUUGUUUUAAUUAAAUAUGUGACAAAAGCUACUUAUCAAUAAAUGAUCACCAUGCAAAAUAUAUA